UCUAGUAUGCAAUGUUUCUCCCUGACAACUCUUUUAGUUGUGUCCCUUACGAAUCUAAUACUGUUAAUAGUGAUGAUCCUGGAAUCUAGAAAAAAGUGUUUGAAUGAAGAUGUUAUCUCUGAUACGGGAUUUCGAUUUGGGGCCCUGAAAGGGCUUGAUAAAUCAUCUGCUGUGAUGCAAAGAGGCGUUUUAAGAGAUGAGGCCCGAAGUAUGGCGGCUCUGAUUUUGUUGAAAGGUGGCAUGACGUCAUUAAUUUGUGGUACUGUAAUUAUCAGCAAAACAUGGGUCUUAACUACCGCCCACUGCUGCGAAUUGGUAAGGUCCCUAUCCUUUGAAAAUCUAAAAAUCACCAGCAACUCUGAGAAUUGGAAAAGAGGCAAGAAACGUUCGAUUGAAAAUUUAGUGAGGCAUAUUAACUACACUGCGAAAAGUUCUGCUUUCAAUGUUUGUUUAAUAAAAGUUGGAUCGCCAUUUAAGGAGGUUAAUGAACAGCCGAUGCCGAUUGCUAGUUCCGAGUACCGUUACAUCACAGACACGUCGGCAAGCACCUUAGGAUGGAGCUCUACCAAAUCCUCCCUUUACACUAUUGACGUCAACCUAAUAUCCUUUCAACGUUGCCGCACCUUGGUGAAAGCCGACCAUGUAGACGAAACAAUGGUGUGCGCUUAUAAUAUUGACACGGCUGAUUGUAGAUUCGAUUCUGGCGGGCCCUUAAUUCAAAGUAACAUUGUAAUAGGAAUGGUCUCGUUUGAGACUAAUUGCGCUAAAAGAGCUACGGCCAGAGUUUUUACUCGGAUGUCGUUUUUUCAGCGAUGGUUUCAAGAUGUGGAAAAGCAGAAUGAUGUUAGGAUUGGAGCUAGUUUUAAGCCAUGAAAUCUCUAUAGUGUCGUCUAUCCACAAGUAAGGUUUCCGGCAUAUUUAAAUAAUAUUGAUCCUAUUACAAUGUAACUUAUAUACUUCUUAGCAAGG